UCUCGUCAGCCCUCUGUAGCUGUAUCUUAAUCUUACAGCGGUGAACUACCAUCAUUCAGGAUGGACUACAGACCCCCUAACCCACUGCUGCUGCUGCUGCUUCUCAUCAGCCUCCUACACAUCUGGCAAUGUGCAAGAGGAAAGUCACUGGAACCCACAGCAUAUAUUAUAGAUGUCGUCAACCUGACAAUCGUAUCCAGCGGAACAGUUCAGAGUGGAACACCAGUGACCCUUCGCUGCCUUGUCAUCGUCAGUCACGACAACUCCCUUCACCUGACAAACACUUUCCAGUUUACACGGGACGACAUUCCGAUCCACUCCUAUACCACCUCAAAAGAUACAGUCCUAUAUGAGCUCAACCCGGCCAGGGCAGCCGACUCUGGAAAUUAUGAAUGUCAGGUCACAGUCAAGGACAAGAGCAGAAGAAGCUCCAGCCAAAGACUCACCGUCACAGGCCUGCAGACCCCCACUCUUCUGCUGAGUAAGAAUGAACUCUAUGAGAAUGAAGACUUCAUGGCCACCUGCAGUGCUCCAGAGGAGAAAGGAGACCUCACCUUCCGGUUUCACCAGAAAUUUAGGACCGGAAAGCAUCGGCUGAUAAAGCAGACAGCGUCCACUCAGAACUCAUCAGAGGCCAAGCUGGUCCUGCACCAGGUUGGAGACAGCCACCUGUACUGUGACUAUGUUAUCGCUUUGGUUCCUGAUGCCGGAUCCUCCAACCGCAGCAACGAGAUUCAAGUUACAGUCAAAGUCCUCUACAUUUCCCCCAUCAUGAAUGUGCUGCCCUCCUUAAAUGUCUAUGAGGGUGACGUGAUUGAGGUGGUCUGUAAAGUGGUGAAUCCACCGAUGAACACUGAGGUAUUCCUGACUAGGGACAGGAGGAUCCUCCAGAAAGCGAAAGUCAGCUUCAGUCAUCGAUUCAAAGUACUAGAAGGUGACUCUGGAGACCUUGUGUGCAAGGCAGAGUGGGGCAAUGUGCAGAAAGAAACCAGUAAAACCAUCACAGUCAAAGAGCUGUUUUCAAAGCCACACCUGACUGUGAAGCCCAUUGACCUAUUUGAGGGAGACAAUUUCAUACUGACCUGCACUGUCUUCAUUUACGUUCCUGAGAAGAUCAGCAAUGAAACUAUUCAGUUAUCCAUCUACAAAGAUAAUACCAAACUCAUCAAUGGAAACACAUACACUGCUGUGGCACAGCCUAAAGAAAAUGGCAACUACACCUGUAAAGCCCAGGCUGCUUCUGUUUCACACAGUUUUGUAAAAGAAAGCCAAACAGUUGUUCUUAAAGCCAAAAUUCCUGUUUCAAAGCCCAUGAUGAGGGUGGUGGGGGGGACGCUGGUGUUGGGGAAAAGCUUUCAGCUGAUCUGUCGCAGUGAUAGUGGCACCCUUCCCAUCAAGUACACCCUGCACGGCCCAAACAGGGAGCGUGAGGUCAGGAUAGUGAGGAAGCCAGGGCAACAAGCCAUCUUCAACACCUCAGCCAUCUACAAGAGCUCCGACAUUGACGAAUUUAUGUGCCAUGCACAAAAUAAUGGCAACAGGCCUCCCAUGGUAGGACAGGGACAACAGCUGCAAAAUUCAACCAAAAUCAUAGAGCCUGUGUCAGAACCAUUUUUGACCAUGCAGCCCAACAUGGGAGAUAUCUCUGAAGGGCAGGACAUGACUCUUGUCUGCACUGUUCAGAGAGGCACUCCUCCCAUCACUUUCACCUGGCACCACACUGAGACAGAGCACGCGCUUGCUUUCCAGAACUCCGAGAAACUGAAAGGAACCUACCGCAUCCACAAUGUCAAAGGAGAGCACAAAGGGACAUACUACUGUAUGAGCACCAACCAGGCCAACGAAACCAAACGGAGUCGCCCUGUCGUGAUUGAAGUGAAGAUGGCUGGGUGGAAGAAAGGUCUCAUUUCAGUCUUCUGCAUCCUGCUCUUACUGGCUUUGAUCCUUGUUAUCUUCUUUAAAAGACAUCACCUUCGAUUUAAGAGGAAAAGAAUGGGCGAGCUGUCGGUGAAGUCCGCCAGCACCAAGGCAGAGCGGCUGAGCCUCACCCAGGCAGAGGUUAAUGAGGUUGCCAAUGUCACUCCUGGCAUGAUUGGAAAGAGUGUUUGGAGUGAACAUAUAUCAGGCUCUGAAUCUGAUGACCAGCAUAGUGUGACCGCUCCAGAAAAACCAGAACCUCGAUAUACUGAGGUUCAGACCAGACAGGUAGAUCCUAACAGAGCGCCAGUGAAGAAGGGAACAGACACGGUGUACAGCGAAGUACGCAACUCCAAGCAAGGUGUUCCAGAGAAGGCUGAUGGUCAGGGGUCAGUGGAAUACGCACAGCUGAAUCAUGAUACAGAUCACCACAGUGACCAUGGUAACCACGGCAGCCAUAGUGUCCAAGAUGACCACUUAGAUGAGAUUGACAACAGUGCUGUCACCGACACUGCCGACCACGGGGAAUGAAAACACAACCCAACGAGAGUAUUUAUUUAUCCGGCUCGUUAAUGCAGCUGGAGUCUUCUGUGCUGAACAACCUUAAACAGCCCUGAGCAAUUACAUACUUUUGGUAUUUUUUUGUAGUGCUUUGCAAAGAACAUUGCAUAUUGUAAAUUCACUUGCUUUGCCUUUGAGGAAGGGCAAAUAAAAAUGUUUUUGUUAAGUGUUUGUCUUUCUUAGUUUUCUUGCCAAGAUACAGAGAGAGGAUGUGUGUAAUGACCCACAGAGGAAAAGACAUUCAGAUUUAUAUCCUUCCACUGGUGGCAGUGGUGACAGAUUGUGA